GUCGUCGACCACGAAGAAGUUCGCCAGUGCUGCUCCGAGCCUCGCGCUAUAUCGAGCAUACUCGCUGUCUUUUUCUCUCCUUUACUACACGUCUCUCUCCUUUUCCCCCCUUUUGUCACUCUUUCUCUCUUUCCCGUCUUGCCUGUAUCUUCUUCCCUCUCGCUCCCUCUCUUUCACCCAGGUUGGUCAUCAUCGAAGAUCAGCAUCGUUUCGCUCUUCGAUCAUUCUUCAGACAGUACUGUCAAUGUGAGACUUUUGUCAUUUGGACGUGCGGGAACGAACAGAAAACUGGCCAGGGUCGGCGUGAUCGUCGAGCCGGGCUCGACGAGGAGGAGGAAGAGGAGGCACGAUAAUGGGCAACGCCACCACGAAGGAUUACCCGAGGAACAUCACCGUCGGCACUUCGAGAAAGGCGCGCUGGGACGGUCCAGGUCUUCCGGCACCACCAGGCAGGCCGAUUUUGAUAUCGGGUAUAAACGACGCAGAGCCGAAUGUAGUGGCGAUACGAUGGGACAGAUCACCGAGUAACGGUGGCUCGGCGAUCGUUGGGUAUUUGGUCGAACAUCGACGACUGGGCUCUCCUCACUGGUUACGAAGCAGCUCCGGCCUUUGCACUUUUCCAGAGCUGACUCUGAGCGGUCUCGAGCCAGGAUGGCGUUAUCAAUUCCGUGUCAGAGCGCAAAACGCUCUCGGGUUUUCGCAGCCGAGCGAAGUCUCCGAGCCUCUUACAGUCACCUUGCAAAGGGCCACCGUCGCCGUUUGCGCACCCCAUUUCGAUCUUGAACUUAAAGACACAGUCGCGCUCGAAAAUGAACAGGCCGAGUUUGUCGUACAAUUCAUCGGAACUCCGUUGCCAAAAAUCUCGUGGUUCAAGGAUGGUUUCGAGAUAUUCAGCAGUAGACGCACCAGAAUCAUCACAGACAAUGGAAAAAGCAUGCUUUUGAUUCACCAGACCGCCCUCAACGAUGAGGGUGAGAUCAAGUGCACCGCCACCAACAGGGCGGGUCAUGUUUCCACCAAAGCUAAAUUGAUUCUCGAAGCAUCACCGCGGAUACGUCUGCCUCGCCAAUACGAGGAUGGUCUGCUUUUCGAGCAAGAUGAGACGAUCAGACUGAAGGUGUCCUUAGCGGGUCGACCACCGCCCGCGAUCACCUGGUAUCACGAUGGUGAGCUGAUAUCGAAGGAUGCCAGGCACGUCUUCGAAGCGAUGGACGGCGAGUCGGUUCUGAAGAUACCGGACGCCAAACGAGGCGAUCGGGGAGAGUAUUCUGUCAAGGCGACAAAUAAACUGGGCGAGGACGCCGCGUCUUUCCUAGUCACCGUGACAGAUCGACCUGCUUCCCCUGGCAAAGUAGCGGUUGAGAUGACCUUAGGCAGAUCGGUGACUCUGUCAUGGAAAGAGCCGGAGGAUGACGGCGGGUGUAAAAUCGGGACUUACAUCGUCGAGUAUUACAGGAUCGGCUGGGAGGUAUGGCUUAAAGCGACGACAAGUAGACGUACCACGGCGACGUUAACGGAAUUAAUCGAAGGCUCUGAAUACAAGUUUCGCGUGAAGGCGGAGAACCCUUACGGAGUCAGUAAUCCCAGCGAAGAGAGCGACGUUAUCUUCAUUCCAGACCUCAAACGAAAUAUCACCGCAUCUUUGAGCGAAAAGUCGCAAAGUCAUCGAGAAAUUAGCCGAUCCCGUGGCGAGAAGCGAGAAGUGAGCUUCAACACGCCAGCGCAAAGAACUAGAAGUUUAACGAGGGAAGAAGCGAGAACACAAGACGAAAGUAGCGGCUUUAGGUAUAACGAGCGAUCUGCCUCCACGCAACGCCUCACGACUCCGAUGUCCACGGAUCGACCAUCUAGAGCCGACAGUAGGGUGACGUUUGCGCCGGAUACUUUGGAGAACGAGCAACCUCCAAUUCCUCCAACCAGGUCGAGAGAUCAUGCCGCCACGAGACCAGAAGUUCCUUCCAGGACUCAUGCAAAUCGAUCCAAUUCCGCGGCAGAAAUGAAAGACAAGCAAGAUACAGUUACAAAGAGAGAAAGGACGAUGUCGCCAAAGCCAGUCGCAGCCGUGACGGUCUCUCCUUCGGUCGUCGAAAAGGAUCUUCAAUCGUUUUCGGUAGACGUGAGAGAAAGAAGAAGCCUCUCCCCGCUCUCGAUAUCGAGAGCUCAAGAGUACCCGAGAGAGGAAGAUCGCAUCUCAACUAGCCAACAUUUCCUGCCGUCCACAAACUUAAUCCUGAAAAGACAGGCAGCCGUUGGAAACGAAUCCACGGUGUCCUUACCAAGCAGUCCACUAGCUAUGCAUGCAAUGCACGAGCAUGACGAGAACGCGUUGCACGGCAGCUCGGAGUUCAUACUGGUCCUGUAUCCGGAGGAUGAGGGACCAGGGAAAGAUACGAUCGACACAACGAACGAUGCGAAAAUCCGGAUAAAAAGAGACAUAAGUGACAAACAGAAUAUCACUGAACUGAUGGAGGACGAGGAUGACCUGAUAGCGCCGCCGAUGUCGUUGUCUCUUCCGGAAUUAUUCAGCGAACAGCACCAGGUGGUGGAGGUGAUGCGAGAAGCGGUCAGCUCCACCGAGUUGCUUCAUGAACGAGCCAUGGAGCGUUUCUAUCGCGCGGUCGCCGCCGAAGAGGCGUCCGAAGUCAACAAACGGAAGACGCAGCUCGAGAGGCAGGUCGGCGAAUUGGCGCAGUCGGACGUGGAGAACGCUCAGCUAACUUCUCUUCGCAGACGCCUGUCCAAUUCUGGCGUCACCACGCAGAAUUUGAUCGCUUCGUGGCAGGCGAAGAAGAAUCGCCGAAGAUCGAGCGAAGGGCAAACCGAUUUGAGCCACAAGACGAUGAAGCUUCUUUCGCCGGCUUUACUGCCAGAUGUCGAGGCCAGGUCGGACCCGAAUCUGUCGUCUGAGACAACGGUAGUGAGUCCGUGGAGGAGGAGCGACGUUGAAGACUCCGUAGAACGCCUGCGUAGAUGGCACGAAACGAACCUACCAUUGUCGGAGGAGGUGCAGUCAGAAAAAUCAAUGCAGGCGACCAACGACGAGGAAACGACGACCACGGUCUCCGCUACGGUGAACGGAGUGGUGACUCAACAGAUAGCACCAACGAAAAUAAAGGAAGAGGAAAGGGAGGAGACUUACAGUGUCGAGACUUCUGAGGAGUCGUCGGAAGAGAUCAGCAGUGCGGACAGCGAAGACUUGAAGUUACUGAAAUCAAGGAUUUUAUCAAUGUCGAUCAUAGAUGAAGAGGACACUUACCAUCCCCGAGGAAGGCCGAUUCCGCAUGUCGAACCGGAGAUACCACAGAUCCAGUACGAUAGGUUACCAACUUUAGAGAUUUCGCCCCCUCCGGCCAUUAUAGUGGUCACUCCCGUUUCACCAAGCAACGUGGUGCCCAAGUCGAUCCUGAAGAAGCCCAAGGAGGAAUCGAGUCUUCAGGACAGCUCGAACAAGUCGAUUCCUCCGGAGAAACCGAUCAGAAAGAUAUUGCCGCAACAGUAUCAACAAGAAGAUGUAGAAGAUAUGGAUAUGGAUACCCAAGAGGAAUCUGUAGAUCUCCCAAGGACGUCCGAGGACGUUUUGAAGACGCCUGCAAUGUCGGAAUCCGACACGGAUAGCAUCGUAUCAGCGGCGGAAGCAGCGAAGAGUCGCAGGAUACAAUCGAAAAUGCGAUCCAUGACAUCCGAAGAAGAGGCUGCCGAGGCAGAGGCCAGAAUGGCGGUCGUGAAUCAAUACACCGAGAUAGUUCGGGAGCACUCGAGUUACUCGAGGAGCUUCGACAGCGCGGCCAGCUCCCGAAGAUCCUCGUUUUCCGAAGACCAAGAUCAGAAGCAUCGAGUGCAAGAGAAACUUGGGUCGAAGCCGACAAAGAAGCAGGAUGCUUCGUCGAAAUCGAACGUCAAGAGCAAGAAUGAGGUCGACAAGCAAAAGAAGAGCAACCAAACACCAAAUUCUCGAAAAGGGAACGCCAAUUCCAGAGGCACGACUCCCGCAAAGGACACGACGAAGGAGAAACGUGAAAGUAAACCAAGCUCCAGGGACCAAUCCCCAGCCGCGAGAAGAAGAGAUCAGCCAGCAGAACGAGCGAGAGGCUCUUCCUCGAGAUCGUCUUCGAAAACGCGGAAUCGCACGCCCUCGCGGGAUAGGAGUAAACGGUCCAUAUCAAGAAAUGAUUCUGGCGAAUCUCACGUUAUUGAGAAAUCACUCGAACAGGGCACCCGCAGAUCCAAAGUACCCUCCAGACCUUCCUCGCGCUCCUCCUCGAGAUCGAAUUCUAAAGAACGCCACGGGGCGACAGUUCCGGUGGAGUCGAAGGUUGAAAAGUUGCAGAAAGCGCUCGAAAGUAACAAGUACCGGGCGAUGAAAAGAGGAUCCGAAGUUGCCCAAGAGAACGCCGAGGAGGAACGCACUCCUGAUCGAACGGAUCAGCAGCUGGUUCUGGAAGCUAAGAAGAAUGUCAGAUCGACAAUGAGCUACGUGACCGAUCUGACGUUGCUGGUGGCAGCAAUGUACGUGUACUUCUUCAAAAGGGAAACCUUCGCGAUACCGUUCAUCGCGCUCCUUCUGUAUCGAAGAGUGCAGGAGGAGAUGAACAAUUAUGCGUCGAGGAGUAAAGGACCGCCAGAAUGGAUCGAAGAGGAUCAGAUUGUGUCGGUUCAAGGACUCGUAGGCAACGACAUCAUCGUUGAGCUGAAACUAACUCCAUCCGAUCACUACGAUGACCUGCGGUUCGAGCUAAUACGAGAUGGAUUGCCGAUCUCAUCGGACCGUUAUCGGUUGUCGAUGAGAGGCAAUGUCGUCCAACUGGCCCUGAAACAAUCACGGAAGAACGACGCGGGUUACUAUUCGCUCGUAGCGACGAGACUCGGGCAGGAUAAAGGAGCCUCGAAGAAGAUUCAUAUGAGCGUCGACGAAACGAGCUACGAAGAGGGCGAGCCUCCUAUCUUCUUGAGAAGAUUGAGCGAUCUCGCGGUGAAGGUCGGCACCCGAACCAGAUUUCUGGUAGAAGUCCGAAGUGCGACGACUCCGAAGAUAACGUGGUAUAAAAAUGACGCGGCUAUCUACGAGGUGCCGAGAUUCUCCCUCGUUCAUGAAGGAAAUUUUUAUUGCGUCGACGUCGUCCCUGUCACGGUGGAGGAUCAAGGACACUGGACCUGCAUGGCGGAGAACCGUAGCGGAAGAUCCUCGUGCAUGUGCACUCUUACUGUCGUUGUUCCCAAGGCUUACAAGAAGCCGGAAUUCAUCGAGGAACUUCGUGCAUUACUCACCGAGGCCGGCACCGUGUCGUUGGAAUGUAAAGUAGUCGGUGUGCCCACACCGGUGUUGAGGUGGUUCAAAGACAAUGAGGAAAUCAAAGCUGGCGACGUUUUCGCUUUAACCGCCAAUCCUGACGACCCCACGUCCCUCGGGGUUUACACUUGCGAGGCGGUUAACUGCAUGGGAACGAGUUAUUCCUCUUCGAAGGUUCACGUAGUCGGAAGAGGAAGUCGAGAAGGUUCACUGAAGCCGGCGGACGCGCUGGCACCGUCCGGGCCACUUCCGAUUUUCAAACAGACAUUACAGGACGAAUGCUGCCGAAUCGGAGACACUCUUGUGCUAUCUUGUCGAGUUCAAGUACCACCAUGGCCGAGGGCGAUCUCCUGGUACAACAAAGCAGGCCGCGUCGAGCCCAGCGAAAAGUAUCACGUGAUGGAGGACGGUAUCGGCGGAUACUCGGUCGAAGUGAAGCAAGUGGAAGCCAUGGACGAGGGUGAGUGGAAGUGCGUCGCCACCAGCGAAGAGAAUAUGAAGCAAUUCACAAGCUGUUACGUGGCAAUGUCCAUUCCAAGAAACUACAGGAAACCGCGUUUCAUGGAGAAUCUGAAAGCCGUCCUGACGGAAGAAGGUCUGGUUUCGUUCGAGUGCAAAGUUGUGGGUUUCCCGACGCCGUUGCUGAGAUGGUUCAAAGACGGUGAAGAACUUAAGCCGGGGGACGUCUAUCAGCUGACCGGGACUAAUUCAUUAGGUUCUUACUGCUGCAUCGCGAGGAACUGCAUGGGCGAGGCUAAAAGCACGGCCGAAUUGACUAUCGAGGAUAUCCAGAAUCAAUUAAACGAGGAAGAACGCUUUCAACUAUUGAGCAGCAAUCAGCCGCCGAAGUUCAUCAAAGGACUCAGAAGCUGUGAGGCCAAGAUAAACGAAGAUUUUCAAUUUACAGUGCAAGUGAGCGUUGCGCCAGAGCCAAGUCUUUCUUGGUACAGAGAUGACGCGGUGGUAGAUGAAAACGACAAGUAUCGCUUGGCAAAGGAGAACCUCGGCACAUGCCACCUCGAAGUGCGAAGACUUGAAUUUGUCGAUCAGGCCGAAUGGAAGUGCGUGGCGGCGAACGAUUUCGGCCACAGCGUCACCUCCUGCUUUUUGAAGCUAAUCAUCCCCAAACAUUAUAAAAAGCCGAAAUUUCUCGAAAGUUUACGCGCGAUCCUGUCGGAGGAAGGCGCUGUGAAUUUGGAAUGUAAAGUUAUCGGUGUGCCGCAACCAGUUUUAAAAUGGUACAAAGACAACGUAGAGCUCAAACCCGGCGACAUUCAUCGAAUCAUUUCUGGGCAAGAUGGCACCUGUUGCUUAGGAACUUACACUUGUGAAGCCACCAAUUGCAUGGGAACAGUCAGCAGUUCCGCGUCAUUGUUAGGAUUCGAAGACAAAAAACCUGCCAAAGAAAUUCAGCCGCAAAAUGGUCACGAGUUGGCGAGAAAUCUGUCAUUGUCAACAAUACACGAGGAACGAACGUCACAGUUAUAUGAUACACCGCAAACGGAUCAUUCGGUCACCUUGGAUGAACGAGGCGAGGUGUCAUUCAGUUUUGACGGCAAGGAAGUAUCGGUUAGCUUAUAUGAGACGCCUGAUCUCACUGAGGAAGAAGCGUUGCAGAUCGUUGAGAUGUACGCCGAUCAACUGUCCGAGCAUGUGACAGAACACAAUGUGAUCGAGCUGCCGCCAAUGAGAUUCGUGAAAGAGACAUCCACGUCAGGUAACCUGCUAAUGGAAGCAGUAGUGAUCGACGUAUCGCCCGAUUAUUUUGUUAGCGCGGAAGAUGGCGACGACCUGCGAACGGAAGCCGAUUUUGAGGAUGUUUCCAUCAUGGACGACUUAACACACGUUCUCUCAUCGCCCGAGCGCGAUUCCCGAGGUUCAUUGAAGAGAGCGGCUCGACAUAACGGGGAAGAGGACGAGAAGGCACCCAGUAGACCACCUCGGAAAAAAUCGAUGAGUGUUUCGUCGUCGAAGAGCGAGAGGAGCCAGCGAUUCGAGUCUGAGAGCUUUCAUAGCGCCCAAAAAGACGAGCCGCCGUUGUCUCCUCUCUCGUCUAUGAAACAAGACGACAGCGAUACCUUCGCGGACGCUUUGUCUUCCGCACACCUCUCCAUCACAGAGAGUCUGGUCCAGAGACAGACAGAAAACAGCGCGGCUGACAAUAGGAAACGCAGUCUGAGCGCCGAAAGAACAGCCGGCUCCAGUCUGGACGAUGGAAUCGGCGGCGAUUCUUCCUUCGAUUCGGUGACCGGCGCACUGAAGAAGCAACGCAAGAAGAAGCAGCGGUACGAUAAGAGUAACUCUGAGGAAUAUUCAGGCCCCAGCGAUUACGAAGAAGAGAGAGAAAGCGAAUUGAAAGGUGGAGUUGAUACAAAGACGAGACAACGCCCAGCCAUAGAAUCGCUCGACAAAAUAGAAACAGAUAUUGGAAGCAGUGUUGAGCAAAAGACGGCGAAGAAAUCGUCGAUCAACGAAGAGAAAUUGCUGGAUAAUUCAAAAAGCGCAAGGAAAGCUACUCCCGCUUUCCCGGAUCAUUCAGUUAGUGUCAAAGAACAGACCUUGGAAACGACAGAGGAUAUUCUUCUGGAGCCGAAGAUGACACUGCACGAAGCUCUGCAGACAUACGAAAAAAUAUCUGAAAGUUCAUCACCGCGAUUAUCAAACAUUCGUCAACAAGUCGACGAUAUAUAUCGGAAAUUGGAGAUUUUACGAGGAAAAAGCGAAGAUAUCGAACUCUUGAUCAAUCUCGAGCCACCGCUGCGUGCGUUACUGAAGACGAUCGGUGAAAUCAAGUUGGUGGAGGAUGUGGAAAUCGUUCGCAAUAUUUUGGAGCCGUCUAUCUUUCAAUUAUCACAAGUUGUCGCGGAUCUUCAAUUGUCAUCCUUGCAACCUACGCUGGCUGUUCUGAGGAAGAUCAACGAGAGCAUUCGCAGUAUUUCCAAUGGAACGGAAAGAUCCUCCUCUGCGAAAUCGAUAUCAGAUGAGUCUCGAAACAUAUCCAGAGAAAUCGUGGAUCCUCUGAUCAACGUUCAAGCGACGUUCAGCACGAUCUUAGAUUGCAUGGAGCAAUCAAGACACAUCGCGAAUGGAUCUGCCAGUCCACAGCAAGCACUGAGCACGUCGGGUUUCGCAGCGUGUUUGAUAGAACUUCGGGAAUGCGUGUCGCACGCAGCGCACACCGCGAUGACGUUAAAGGAAAACGAGACAUUCAAUAGCCUGAUGGAGUUUGCUGAGCCUCUGCUGGAUCUUCAGUUAAUCUUAAAAUCGGAGGAGUACACUCCUCGGGACCUUCCGAUGAUCAAAGAAACGAUCGUCGCCAUCGAAAGUUUGAAGAGCGUGAUUACGACGGUAGCGAAAAGCUCCGAACACUCUGAGGCAAUCUCCCGUGUUGGAGCAAUCUUGAAAACUGUAGAGGACACCGGCAGACAAAUGUCGAAAUUAGCGGAGCGAUUGUCGGAAGCGAAAGAUGCACGAAAACAUAUGCUGAAGAACUUGAACGUCGACCAAAGUCUGAGCGGUGUGCAUUUCGCGUUGUCGUCGGUUUUAGAGAAGCAAGACAAGUAUGCGGCAUCGUCUCAUUUGAUCAAUUGUAUUGAGGUAUUGCGUCAGACCGUCGGCUCUUCGGCCCUCGCGAUCGCCAACUUGAAGGACCCGAUGGACAAUGAAAUAACGCGGGAAAUCAGCAGACUCAAUGAAUCCUUAUUAGAUCUGCAAAGGAAUUUAUUGACGGAGAAGCAUGAGCCAGGAGAAGAAGCGGUCCUGUGUAACUUGAUGACUCCCGUUAACACGCUGAAAGAGAUACUUCACGACGUAAUCGAAAACGGCUCUGCGAUCGAGUCGAUAGUGCCAAUGUUGCAAUUAUUGGAAGAGAUAGAGAAAGAUGCGCCUCUCGUAGCGAAAGAAAUAUCCAAAAGGAAGAAGGGGCAAGAUGCUGUGAAAUUUGACAAGGACUCGAAGCCUGCUCUGGCUGGUCAAAUCAGUCGUUCCUUGGAUCCCAUUAAACACUGGCUGUCCACCACGUCAGAAGGCGGUACGAGAGACGAAAUAGAAUCGGCGCUGAGCUCGACGAUCGAGGAACUGAAAAGAGAUGUGACCAAGAUUGCAAUUCAGACAUCGUAUUCUGAGCCGCCGAGUGAUAAAAGUUUAAUAGAAGCACUGAUCGACCUCCGAGAACCGUUGACGAGACUUCAAAAUGCCGUUGCCAUAUAUCACGAGCCGGAGGAUCUCUCUACUUUAGAAGGCUUAGGUCGUCCUAUGAAGCACUUACUGCAAAUCAUUAUGGACGUUCUUCGUGAACACCAGGAAGAAGAGUCUCUGCGGCCGAUAGUGAGUAUCGUCGAGCAGAUCGAAAAUCAGAUAUCGCUGUCGAUCAGAGAAGCUCUUUACCAGCAGGAGCUUAAACAGUCCGACAGGACAUUCGCCGUGGAAACGGAAGAGGAAGUCGUCACGGCCUCCCGAGAGACUGUUCCAGGCACUCUCACGGAAAUCGCGUCCAUACCACUUGAAGCCUCGUCCACCACAUUGCCUACUGAGCAAACUACAACGGAGGAUGGCUCCAAGAAGGUAGUCGACGACGUCGCUUUGCAGAUUGUAAAGGACAAAAAGCACGAGAGAGAAGAGAACGCGAGCAAAUUAAUCAUGAUUUUAUCGGAGACGUUGGAGAAGCUCCAGUUAGAGAUGACCGGUAUUCUAGAGGAUUUCGAAGAAUCGACGACAAGGACCAGUACGAUUCCUCAAUCUAAACUAGCAAAUUCCUUGGAGGAGCUGAGAAGGACCAUUUCUACGAUACGCGUGAUGACCAUCGUUUACAGCGAAGAUAUUGGAUCGUUCGAGGAAAAGGUCAACCAAGCUACUUUGGUGCUGACCAAUUUAUUACAGCCACUGACAAAUAUCCGAGAGGUUCUUUUAAGAACGCACGAUCACGAUGUCUUGGAACUUAUGAUAUUGAAUCGGCUGACCCCGCUGUUAAACACGAUAGAAAACGACGUAAUAAAGCAGACGACAGACUUCGUCGGCAAAGGCGAAGAAACGGAAAGAGAGUUCGAGAGUCUCCUGUGCGUGCUGGGAGAAAUCAAAGAGAAAGUUCCGGUUGUAGUUCAGGAGAUAUCGUCGAGGCGAAAGAUUUUGGAGUGUCUUCGGGACAUUUCGAAGCCUUUGGACAGCAUUCUGGAGCGUAUGAGCGAUCUGGAGAAAGCUGCGGAGGAGACUCUGGAGACUGAUGUGGCGAAAAUCUUAGGCAAACCGACGACUCUUUUUCUCAAGGAUAUCAAGGUCGCUGCUCAGGAAUUAGAUGUGUUGGGUCAACGAGGACCGGUUAUCCUCGAGUUGUACAAUCUAUUGGAGCCCCUCUUGGAGUUCCACAGUUGCCUCUCAAUGGUGCAAAGCAGCCGACGAAGUUUAAUUACCGAAGCCUCUCUGUUGGAUGAGAGAAGAAGCGUCAUUCUUCGAGCGAUUGAAGGUUUGCAGAAGCAAGUCUGCCACACUGUUGAAGCGAUUGCGAACAUGACGGAAGCCUCCUUAUUCAACGAGUCUCUGACGCAGCUAAAUUUCGCGAUUCUCCAGCUGCAGAAACAGAUCGGCAAGACCGAUUACUCGCGCCGCUCUAGUAGCAUCAAAAUUCCUCUUCAGCAUCGAUUGACCGGCACGUUGAAUCGCUUAUCGAGCACCAUAACAGCCCUAAAGGAACAUCCGGAUCAAGACACGCACGAAAUAGUGUUCAAGUGCCUAGAAGCGUUACAGAAACAAAUUUCCCUCGCUCAGACGCAGCUUAUUCAGACCGACGGUCAACUGAUCGACGAAGAAGCUAUCGUAGAAGGCUUUCUUUAUCCGACUAAUCAACUUCUGUCAGCAUUGAACAUUAUCAAAGAGAACGCCCAGCAGGGAGUAGCCUCAGCAAUCUCACCUAAUUUAACGGAUCAGCUUCGGCAAUUGGCCGACUCUAUCUCAGAGAUGAGCUCUUCUUUGUCGGCACACAAGACGGAGCUCGUUCAAGAAGGCGCCUUGAAAGGUGCGCCGAUCGUGGAAACCUUCUCUGCCGUUGUAGAUGUCUUGGAUCAUGUGAAGGAUACUAUAAUGACGAUAGAAGAGAUAGCGGAGAGCGAACGGAAAGCGAGCAUGGUAGUAACAAAGGUAGAAAGUGUCACCGAUGAAAUCAUUGAAAUCUCGCAAGAAGAAAUCGAGAGCGUGAUGACAGUCACGGAGAUACCGCCGGUUAAAGCAGUCGCUGAGGAAAAUGCUCAAUUGAAGAUCGAAGAUACGCCAAUUGCGGCACUAACAACCGAUUCAGAAAAUCGAGAUACGACUACCCGCAUCGAGCAAACGGAGGAUAUGAAGAAAAGAAAGAGCGAAGAAGAGAAAGAGGAAAAGGAAAAACAGAAGCGUCUUUAUCGAACUCAGCUAUCAAAAUUCAAUUCUUCGAUCGCAAAUCUGGAACAACCGUUGAGGGAACUCGUCGGUUUUGUGAAAUCUGCGAUGCUAAGAUCGACAGCUUCGAAAUCUGAAGAAGACAAGCAGAAAAUACGCGAGCUGACGGUAUUGAUACAGAAUCUUUAUGAUCUACAGGCGACGAGUGCUUCCAUUAAAGCGGCUUUACCUUCUUCGCUCAUUACAUCGUUAGACAGCCAAUUUCAUCAUAUAGAAGACAUCUUCGUCGACUUUGCACGUACUAUUGAUACGGUUAUUUCGCUGACUCACGGAGAAGUGCGGCCAGAAUUGAAGGAGAACAUAAUAGUAUCAUUACAGUCUUUCACUAAGCCCUUAACUGCUCUUGAAAAUGCAUUAGUGUCUGUAUGCGAAACGAUUGAUGAAGACAAGUGCGCCGGAAAAGACGAAGAGCCAUUGUCUACGACUCUGAGAACCUUAAUACCGUGCAUUAACGACACCUUGAAAUCUCUAAAUGAAAUAGAAAUAUUAAAAUGCGUUAAGAUUAUUAAUGAGAAAGAAGGAGAAAUGAGUACAAAAAUGAAAGAAGAAACGAAGGAUAUCGAGAAAACAACCGCGCGACCGCUCGAGGAACUUAUAGAAGCUAUCAUGGAUUCGCAGGAAGAGGUGAAAGGUGACAAAACUUCACCGUUUGAAUCAACCUCGCCUUCCACAGAUCCGAUCGAAUCCAAAGAUAUCGACGAUUUUGAUUCAAUGGAGGUAAAAACGAAAUUAAGCAAAGUGGCCGUCGGGAAAGUGGAUAGUUCAGUACAGCAAAUAGUAACGUCUGUUAUGGAUACAGCAGAAACACUACAAGCGUUAGUAUCUUCACCUGAUCAAAUCGAAGAAUUGCUCGUUGAAGAAAAAGUAUUAACUCCAAAAUCGUUAACGGAAUCUUUGGAAGAAGUUGAGGAAUUGAAACUGACAAUGAUUGCUCAGCAAAAGGCAGAGUUAAGUCAAUCUGAGAGCGUCAUGAUGCAGGAAGGACAGGUAAAAGUUGAAACUAUACGAGCAAUCAUCUGUCCUCUUCAAGAAGUGUGCAAAACGAUCGACGAGGAAAUGAGAGUUCCGGAAUUAUUUGAUAAGAAAGCAGUUGCGCUUACGGCUCUCAUAGAACCGUUGCUAAAACUGGAGAUCACCUUGAAUAGGGAGAUACAGCAAACAGCAUCGAUACCGUGCGAAGGUAUCGAAGAAAUCAAGCAAGACACGAUGACGUUGCAGAAAUUGUCGGUCACAGCGGUUUUAGAGGAACUGCAGAAGUCAAUCGCCACUGUUCAAGAACAAGUGCAGCUUAAUACCGUGACUGAAGGCAGCUCGAGCGAAACAUCUAAAGCGCGUUUAAUGCAAGCUGUCGAACAUCCAUUAGAGGACUUGAAGAUAUCAAUCGCAUGUAUCCAGCACGAUACGAUGACCUGUCAGCAAGAGACAGAAUUAUCGAGUACCGAACACAUCACGGUACUGCAAGCCGUUGCCAAAACGGUGGAGGAAUUUGGGGAUAAGUGUAUGUCUAUUAUUGGCCAACUGAAAAUAGAAUCUGAGCCUGCGCCUCCGUCGCAAGUCGUCAAGCAAGAAGACCAAAAGCUGGACCCGGAAGUCUUGCACAAGAUCGUUGACCCGAUUCACGUUUUGCAUGAAACGCUCUCACAAAUCGAGGAGGGUCUUCAAGAUCGCAAAGUCGAGUUAUCGGAAAUGCCGGAGCAAAAGAGAGAGGCUGUUCAAUUGAGCGCAAUAAUGCAACCUCUGGAAAAGCUGGAGCAAUCGCUAACGGCAGGUAUGCAGCAAAUUACAGUUAUGCAGGAGCACGUUCCGGAAGAACUUGGUGAAAAUCGAAUUUCUUUAGAAAGUGCAAAUCUGAGGCCCGUGCUGGAGGAGCUGAGGAACUCGAUCAUUGUAGUUCAGCAACAAGCAGCCGUUAGCGAAGAUGUUCUCAUUGUAAAGACGAUAAACGAGGCUCUUGAAGGCCUGAAAAUGCCGUUGGCGACUGUCGAAGAGAUCGUCGAUCAUUUGAAUGAAGCUACCGAGACAGAAACUGUCUCGACGUUGUUGACAUUCGCGAAGUCGGUAGAAGAAACAGCGAAUCAGCUGCUAACUGCAACCAGUCAGCAAAUGGUACAGCAAGAAACUCAGGAGUCUCCUCUGUUGAGGAUGAUAACCAUACCGAUAGAGGGACUGCAGAGCGCAAUAUUGCGACUGGAGGACCGAAUGUGCCAAACAUUAGAGACAGAAAAACCGACAAAGGCCGUUGCUUUAGAAUGCAUGCUACAACCGCUGCAACAACUGCAACAAACAUUCUUAACUGCGCCUCACGAAGAAACGGCCCUAUCUCUACAACGAUUGCCGAUCAAACCUACGUUGGACGAUCUGAGCAAAUUCGUGGCAGUAAUUCAAGAUCAAGUCACAACUGUUCAAGAUAAGUUACUCAUAGAAUCGAAUAUAGACGACUUGGCGACGUUAAAGGACUUCGCGAGGUCACUCGGCGAUUUAAGAACGUCGACGGUGGUCUUGCAGCAACUGAACGCGAUAGAGAACGCCGGUCGACAGAUUAUAGAGAUAGAAAACGCGUCCGCGUUGCAGGCGUUCGCGAAAUCCAUCGAGGAGUUUAGAAGAUGCUGCUGCGUGGUUGUCGAGAGACCGAAGAUCGUUGAGGCUUUCGCCACAAGCGUCGAAUCAGAACAGUCGACUAAGAUGAACACGCAUCUGCUCGAAAAUAUUAUCGCACCUUUGCGAAUAUUACAAGAGCAAAUCCUAAUCAUCGAGGAGACCAAAAUGCAUCAGUCUGAAAUCCUAGAUGUCACGGAAGAGAGGAAACCAGCCACUGUAUUGAGUAGCCUGGUCGGUCCCUUGCAGCAGCUGGAGAAAUCCUUCGUAGCAACGGUGCAGAAGGAGCACGUGAUUGAAGCGCACAACGAAGCGCACCGUUUGACACCCGAACUGUCCUCGAUGAACUUGGAGAAACUCGCACUACAGCCUAUCCUCGAAGAGGUGCAGAAAUCCAUCGCGACUGUUCAAGAGCACGUGAUAUUGGAGGCAGGAAGUCACGUGGCGUCAGAAACGGAUGCCGUGGCUCUGCUGAAGUCGAUCGCGCAACCUCUGGUGGACUUAAGAGCUUCCGUCGCGUCUAUACAGCAAGUAACCGCGGUCGCGCCCGAUUCCUUGAACGAACUCGGUCAACAGCAGAACGUUUCAACGUUAGAGACCUUCGCCGAGACUCUCCAUAAUUUGGCGGAACGCAUAGCGAUGUGCAAUCAUCAGCAGAUAGUCAUGGAACCUACCGCCGACACUAUUUCCGAGGAUGCUUCGUCCUUGAACACAUGGGCGGACGUGAUAGAAGAACCCGUUUCGCGAAUCACGCGGCCGAUGGUGAUCAACCAAGGCACGGUCGAGUCUCCGGCCUCGAUCGCAGGCUCUAUCUCGGAAGAUGAGGUCUCCGUGCUGAAGACUUUAGCGAAACCUUUGACCGAACUGCGAGAGUGCCUGGCCUUGAUAGUCGAAGAGCGCAAGGUAAUCGCGCCGAGUGAGAAUGCGUCUCCUUUAACAGAGAACGAGAGCAUCUCCUUGUUGAAGACAAUGGUACAGCCUCUGCUGGAAUUGAAGGACGCGGCCGCGAUAGCCAUUCAAGAGCAAACAGCCAUCGAGCGCGCGAGCGAACAUUCGUUCGCCAUCGAGGGUAAAAGUGAGUUCGUCCUUCGUCCUUUGGUGGAACCGCUGGAGGAGCUGCGUCAUUCGAUCGCCGUGAUACAGGAUCAAAUGCUGAUCGAGACAUCAACGGAUCGACCGAAAGAAGAUUUCAUGUUGAACGCGUUGGCGGAGCCUCUGUUUGACCUCCAACGCGCUAUAUCGGUUUUAGAGGCGCGAGUGGUAUCACCGGACAUCGAAUCAAUGCCUGACGAUACGAGCAACUGGAUCACUGAGUGCUUAGCGACUCCUCUCCACGAAAUAGAGAGAUCGAUCGCUGAUAUUCGACAAUGUACUGUGAUGGAACCCCCAACUACAGUCGUGGAGGCGCAAAGAAGAACACCAGACUGGUCGAUCAUCGAAAAAUUGGUAAAGCCAAUGGUGGAGAUUGGAGUGGUCAUAUCGCACAUGGAGAGCGACUCUCCGAAAACCGAAGCCAUCAAAGCGAUGAUGAAACCAUUGGCGAGUGUGCAGGAGAAUUUGACGUUGCUCAAAAACAAAUCUAAUUCGGGUACAUUCGAAGACGAAAGCAACACAGACGCUAUCGUCGAAUCACUUUCUAAUCUUGAAAAGUGUAUUUCGUUCGUCGAAAGAAAAAUCAUCGACAAACCAUUGUUUGAACAAUCAAGAACCAUGGAAGCGGAUAAUACCAUAUCGUCUGUACUUAGUUCACCUUUAAAUGAACUGAAACGUUCCAUUGUCACCGUGGAAGAGUCACCGAGCGAAUAUCUGAAGAACCUGGAGAAACCACUGGAACUCGUGCAAAAUGCGCUUGAGACAAUUGUAUCUGUGCAACGACGUGAAAAACUUUCGAAUUUAUCGACGAAAUUGCAAAAGAGUAUUUCAGAUAUCAACGACUCGAUUGAGACCAUAGGACGCAGAUUAGAAGAGCAACAAAUGCCGAUCGUUAUCGAAGUUCACAUCGAAUAUGAGGCACUUGGAAUGUUAACGAAACCGUUGCGAAAUGUUAAACAGUGCAUCGCACAAUUACCGGAGGAACCGAACAUUGCUAAUUCAAUGAUUAAUGCUCUCCAGAAUUUGAAGAAAUCCGUAUCUGUAAUACGAGAACAAUCCGCCGAUAAACCGUUGGCGGAAUCGCAGGAUACGCAUUUGUCUACUACGAUAGGAUUUUCAAAAAAUUUAGUGCCAUGUUUGCAUGAGAUACAAGAAUCGAUAGAGACGACAAAGACAUUGUGGCAGAAGGAAACAGUGCUAGAAGGAUUGACAAUUCUUGAAGAACCAAUUUGCAAGCUACAAACUCUGAUAAACAUUAUGCGUGACCAAUUUUUAGAAGGAGAAACGAUCUGGAUUACAGAUAAAGAACAAAAAGAAUCUAAAAAGAAACUCGCAAAGGAGGAACCCGAUAAAGAAUAUCAAGAGAAACUCGAGAAGAAAAAAGAAAAACAAAAGAAAGAAGAUAAAAAGUUAAAAGUAAAAGAAGAACCAGAACAGCAGAAAACUGACAAAGAUAAAAGAAGCAAAGAAGAAGAAAAGGAACAGAGGAAAGAAGAGACAGUGAAAAAGGUAGAUCAAACGAAAAAAGAAGUAAAGAAGGAAGAAGAUGAACAAAAGGAAAAGAAAGAAACUGCGAAAUCAGAGAAAAGAGAAAAAAUCGAGGAAGGAAUAAAAAUGGAAGAGAGAGAGCAGAAAAAAGAGGAAAUAAUAGAAAAACCAAAAGAAGAUAAAGAUGAUAAAGGUGAGAGUGUAAAAGACAAAAAGAAGGAAGAAGUAAAAGAAUUGAAAAAGAAAGAAGAGUCUAGUAAAAAAGAUGAGACAGCGUUAACGAAAACAGAAGUAGAGAGACCAAAAAUAGAGGAUGAAGUUGAGAAAACGAAAAAAGAUGAGACAGAAAAAAGAAAUAAGGAGGAAAGUGAAAAACCAAGAGACAAGAAAGUUACAGAAACAAAAACAGACGAAUCUAUUAAAAAGAAAGAGGCUGUACAAAUAAAAGAAGAGGAACAAACUGAGAAAUCAAAGGAAGAAGAAGAAAUAGGAAAGUUGAAAAAAGAAAAAAUUGAGAAAGUUGAGGAAUUUGAAAAGGAAAAAGAGGAAUCUAGUAAAAAAGAAGCUACACAGUUGAAAAUGAAAGAAGAGGAACAGAAGAAGAAGGAUGAAACUGAAAAAUCAAAGAAAGAGGAAAUAACAGAAAAGCCAAAAGAAAAAAAAGUUGAAAAAACAAAGAGCGAGAAAACUGAAGAUCUGGAAAAGAAAAUAGAAGAGUCUAGUAAAAAGGAUGAAACCGCACAAAUAAAAACGAAAGAAGAAGAGCAGAAGAAAAAAGAUGGAGCUGACAAAUCGGAGAAAGAAGAAAUAGUAGAAAAAUCCAAAAACGAAAAGGUUGAAAAACUGGAAGAGAAAAUAGAGGAACUUAGUAAAAAGGGAGAAGCUGCACACAUGAAAAUAGAAAAAGAAGAGCAAAAAGAAAAGGAUAAAACUGAAAAAUCAAAAAAAGAAGAAACAAUAGAAAAACUGGAAGAGGAAAAUAUUGAAAAGUUAAAGAGUAAAAAGACUGAAGAAUCGGAAAAGAAAACAGAGGAAUCUAGUAAAAAAGAAGAAAUCGUACAAGUGAAAAUGAAAGAAGAACAGGCGAAAAAGGAUGAAGAUGAAAAAUCAAAGAAAGAAGAUAUAAUAGAAAAGUCGAAAGAGGAAAAAGAUGAAAAGCCAAAGAGCAAAAAAGUUGAAGAAUCGAAAAAGAAAAAAGAGGAGUCUAGUAAAAAGGAAGAAGCCGCACAAGUAAAAAUGAAAGAAGAAGAACAAAAGAAAAAGAAUGGAGAUAAAAAACCAAAGAAAAAAGAAACGGUAGAAAAAUCGAAAGAGGAAAAAGGUGCAAAGCCAAAAAGCGAAAAAGUUGAAAAAUCGGAAAAGAAAAAAGAGGAGUCUAGUAAAAAGGAAGAAGCUGCACAAGUGAAAAUGAAAGAAGAAGAACAGAAGAAAAAAGAUGAAGCUGACAAAUCAAAGAAAGAAGAAAUAGUAGAAAAGUCAAAGAGCGAAAAGGCUAAAAAACUGGAAGAGAAAAUAGAGGAACCUAGUAAAAAGGAAGAAGCUGCACACGUAAAAAUGGAAGAAGAGCAAAAGGAAAAGGAUAAAACUGAAAAAUCAAAGGAGGAAGUAGUACAAAAGCCGAAAGAAGAAAAAGUUGAAAAGCCAAAAAGCGAGAAAAUUGAAGAACCGGAAAAGAAAAUAGAGAAGUUUAAUAAACAGGAAGAAGUCGCACAAGUAAAAAUGAAAGAAGAGAAGCAGAAACAAAAGGAUGAAGCCGAAAAGUCGAAAAAAGAUGAGAAACAAAAGCAAUCAAUUGCAGCCGAAAAGGCAAAAGUAACAUCAAGCGAACAAACAGAAAUGAUAGAUAUACAAGAGAAAAAGAAAACAGCUAUUCAAAGCAGAAGUAAGCGGGAAAGUAAACAAGUUGAGAAAAUAGAUGAAAAACAAAUAGAAAAGAAAAAAGAGGAAAUUCCUAGGAUGGAUGAAAAAAUAUCUCAAACGCAAAGUGUAUACGUGAAUGAUGUAACGAAAAAGAAUGAUGUAAGCGAAAACGAGCGGCAAUAUAAGAAAUCAAAUGAAGCUUGGGAACGAGAAGAGAAAUCGCAUAUAAAACAAAAAGAAAAGAAAUUUAGCGAGAAAAUUUCAGAAUCUCAGGUAGGAAAAGAUAAAGAUUUACGUUCAAAAAUAACCGAAGAUAAAGAAAUAAAAGUAAUGAAAAGAGCAGAGGAACGAUUACAACGAUGGCCUCAGGAUAUUGAAAGCGAUGAAUCCAGGAUAUGGAAGGAGAGAUACGAUGGUUCAAAAAGAGAUUACGACGACAAGCCACAUCAAAUAGAAAUAGAACACUUAACAAGGAAAAAAGGUGUGAGUCGAUUCAAAAGAGAUGAGACCGAUUAUGCGUCUGGAGCAAAUGAGGAGAAAGCCCAAAGGUGGAGCGAUGAAAAGUGGCUGAGGAAAGAAGAAAAUGCCAGAUUGUUACGAGAAGAAGAACAAAGAUUACGAAAGAGACGAGAUGAGGAGAUAUCCAGGAGCAAGCAAAGAAGAGAAGAGCUAAUUAGAGAAAUGGAAUGGUCCAGGAAACGUCAAAGCGAAUCCGAUCGUUUCCUUAGAGACAUGUUGGAAACAAAAUACAAGCCUGAAAAGUCGACCUCGAUGUUCUUUGACACCGAUUAUUCGCGAGACAAAUGGGAACAUAUCUCCCGGUUUGAUUCUGGAAUUUCAACGAUGUUCUCCAGCACGUCCAGAUCAUACAGCUGGAGGGAUUCACUGACGUCGCUGAAUCGACGAAGAAUCGACGAUUACUGGAAUUAUAAAUUACGCAAUUUCUCCACGAGUAAAUAUUACAUGGACACGGGAUCGCCUUACAGGAGACGUAGAAGAAGAGAAAACCGUAUGAUUCGAGCAAGAUCGACUGGUUUGUUGAAGUACGAGGACUACUCGACUGGCGAUAGCGACGCGACUCUUGUACCCAGCACGCGCAUUCGACUUACUCGACGUGCGAAAACGGAGACUGUGCCACGUAUCAGCCUCGACAGCUACGAUUCCAGUUCCUCGAGUUACGUCGGACUCAGCCAAAGUAGCGAGAGUCUUUCGACCUGGGAUAAACCGAAAAAACCGUCGUUUUGCACGAGAUUGACAAACAGAGUCGUAGGAAUUGGUAUGAGGACAAGACUGACUUGCACCGUUCUCGGUAACCCGGAACCACGAGUGCACUGGACGAAGGACGGCGAAAAGUUGGACGCAUCGUCCAACCGUUACAAGACGCGAUGUGAGAAUGGUAUGGCGUAUCUGGAGUUGCACGACGCGCUUCCUGAGGAUGCUGGAGUGUACAUGUGCGUGGCCGAGAAUACGCACGGCACCUCGACCAGCGAGUCGUUUCUGAAGGUUUACUCCGAUUACAAACCCACGUAUUCGCCUCCGAGUUUCGUAAAAUCGAUCAAAGAUAUUUAUCGAUACUCCGAUCACAAGCUCGUCCUGGAGUGCCGUGUACGAGCAUAUCCAGCUCCCACGGUCUCCUGGUGGAAAGACGGACAGAUUCUUCAAGGUCAACGCUAUAGACAGACUUACCUAGACGACGAUGUCUAUCGUCUGGAAAUAGUAGAUCCUGACGCCUCGGAUAACGGACAGUACACGUGCCGUGCGGCAAAUGAACUCCGUACCGAGGAAGUAUCACACAUGAUUCGUCUCGAAGAUCGGGAACGACGGCUCGUGAGCCGAAGCGAUCAAAGUCUCAGCAACGAAACUGGCCUGGAAGUUCCCCGACGACCACGAUUCUCCAGUUUGCUGAAAGAUUACAGUGUGCCCGCGGGUGGAACCAUCGCUCUACAAGUGGAAGUCAAAGGUGAACCAGCUCCAGAGGUUAGAUGGUUCCGAGGCGACCGGAAGGAGCCGAUAGCGAUACCAAAAGCGAGGACCAUAGUUGAACGCGGGCUACAUACGUUGAUCGUGCCCGAAGCGACGGAGUCGGAGAAGGGCACGUAUUUCUGCAGGGCGAUCAAUGCUUACGGACAAGUGGAUACGAGUGCGACAGUAGAUGUGAUAUCGCCGAGCGCGAUUGAUGGAGGGAAACCGGCGAUGUUCGUCUCGAGACUCAUGAGGAAAUCGAUCGACGCGAUAGUCGGUGAAGACGUCAGUGUGUCUUUCCGGGUCAGUGGGGUCCCGAAGCCGCGAGUGACAUGGUUGAAAGGACUAACAGACAUCACGGGCGGCCCGAGAUCGUACAAGGAGAGUAUCGACGAUUACGUCAGGUUGACGUUGAAGAGAGCCGUACCUUCCGACGAAGGUACCUACUGCAUUCUGGUUAAGAAUAGAUACGGUUGUGACAGAUGCUUCUUCUCGAUCAAGGUGAAGCAACGUGCCAGGUCGUUGACUCCAUCGCCGGAUUGGAGUUCUAUUACCGAACGCGAUGCAGAAGAACUGGACGAUGACAUGUCCUAUGUGAGAAAUGUGCCCGGUCCAAUCAGUAGUGAACCCGUCGUUGUUGACGGUGGCAAAAAUUGGCUCUCGUUGACUUGGGGUAAGGCAGAAAGAAGAGGACCAGCACCAGUAAUCGCUUACAAGGUCGAGGCUUGGCUGUUAGGCGGCGAAGGAGGCGCGCGAUGGGUAGAACUGGGAAUUACGCCGAUUAACACGUUCGACGCGUUCAAUUUGCGACCUGGUGGAGAGUACAAAUUUCGCGUGACGCCGCGAAAUCGUUAUGGAUGGGGCGAACCAGUCACCAUGACGAAUUCGGCGUAUGUUAGCGAAAGUACUGAUCUUCCAGAAUUCACGAAGAUUCUACCAGGUCAGUUGAAAGCUCUCGAGGGAACGCUGGUGAAAUUGGAAUGCGAGAUUCGCGGGGAUCCCAAGAUGGAGGUGCGAUGGUACCGCGAAAUGACGGAGUUAGACCCACGAAGUGAUUCAAGAUUCGCGAUAUAUUACGACGCUUCCAAAUAUUCUCUAACAAUUGCAAACGUCAACGAAGACGACUCCGGGAGAUACGUUUGCGAAGCAAGCAACAGAAUCGGCAAGGUAUCGUCGUUCGCCAGAGUCCUCGUCGUCAAUGAUCUGAAAAUCAUCGAGGCCGACGCAAAACUCAGAACGAGUCUGAGCAUCGAACCAGAGGACAAACCGCCACAAUUUACCAUGAGGAUACGAGAUAGACGAGUGCAGACGACUUAUCCGGUCAGGCUCACCUGCCAAGUCAUCGGACACCCCGCUCCAGAGAUCACAUGGUACAAGAACGAAGAAGAGAUCUUUCAAGAUGACCGUCACAUCUUUUGGGAUGACGACUCGAAUUUCCAUACUCUGGAGAUUAUUCAUUCCAACCUCGAGGACUCCGGAUGCUAUAUGGCGACAGCCAGAAACAUAAACGGCUCGGUGUCCUGUCGAUGUACCCUCGUGGUGGACAAGGGUAUUCGCGCUUACAUCGCUCCGGAAUUUCUACGCGACCUCGACGCCGCUUAUACGAUUCAGCUAGGUGGAGAACUACGAAUGUCCGCACAGCUCGAGGCUUACCCGAGUGUCGGCGUGGUGUGGCAUCGCGAUGGUAUUCGCCUGCGACCUAGUAGAAGGGCAGUGAUGACCCUGAGUCACGACGGUGCCGUCCAAUUCUCUCUAGCUAAUAUUACCGAUCGCGACGCCGGAGUUUACACCUGCACCGCAACGAAUGCGGUAGGACACACAGAGACAAACACCAGAGUAGCUGUGGUAACAUCCACGAGCCAGGAUCACUCAUUCAUCGAUAGAUCAUACAACAUUACGAGUGCAACUCCGGAUAUACCGUAUUCUAAGGAGCCUCUUUUCGUCACGAAACCAUUAUCAACUGAAGCGGUCGAGGGUGACACAGUCAUCAUACUCUGCGAGGUUGUCGGAGAUCCCAAGCCAGAAGUGAUAUGGCUGCGCGACUUUCUGAAGCCCGAGUAUUACAGGGACGCGCCUCAUUUCCGGCUGGUAGGUGCAGGACCACAAUAUCGGCUAGAGAUACCUUAUGCCAAACUCGACUUUACCGGAACGUAUUCCGUGAUAGCUCGCAACUGCCAUGGGGAAGCUAAAGCUAUAAUUUCCUUGCAAAUCUACGCCAAAGGUCAAGGCAAAGAAGACCAAACGCAAAAGUCGUCUCACGGGAAAGUGCUGACUCUGCCGAUUAUAAAGAGAGAACUGCGAGAUCUGAGGUGUUGCGACGGCGACGCCGUCUCCCUCGAGUGCAAAGUUUACGCCACGCCGGAACCGCCUUUGGUUCGUUGGGAACGAGGAGGCAAAAUUAUAACUAUGGUGGGCGACUUCGCUGCGGAAUUCGAUGGCGAGACGGCGCGACUGAGUAUUCAACAUGUCUAUCCCGAAGAUGAAGGAGAGUACACGUGUGUGGCUUACAACGACCUCGGAAAAGCGUACACGUCAGCUUGCCUAGUCGUGGAUGUACCCGAAGGAAAAGAAAAUAUCCUAAGCCAAAGAUUGACGAGGCCGAUAGGUUUGCUGUCAGCGGGAUCGACGCCGAGGUCAACGCCGCGAUCGACGCCCAUCAGAAGCCUGUCGCCGGCGGUUUCACAUGGACGCGAAUUCAGAUCACCACAAGUGCUAUCGAGAAGGGGCACGUCAAAACGAACAAAGGUUUGCCCGCCCAAAUUUUACGCGGUGCCGCACAACCGCCUGGUCCAGGAGGGUGAGACGGUGCGUUUCCAGUGCGCGGUGGUCGGCCACCCGGCGCCCUGGAUAAGAUGGGACAAGAAUGGCAUCAUCGUAACGCCGAGCGCGCGAAUCUCCAUCAAGGAACGGGACGACGUGAAGAUACUCGAAAUCGUCGACGUGAUGCGGGAGGAUGCCGCUCUCUAUAGAGUGACGGCGGAAAACGAUUUCGGCCGGAUCGAGGCCAGCGCCCGUCUCGAAGUGAUAAGUCGAUACGAAUCAACAAGUCGGACUAUCAGGACUAGAAGCGCCUCGCCUAGGACCUACCCUACGUUCGAUCGAAGUCUUUUGCCGACUACCAGCAGAAUAAACGGGCGUUUGCAGUUGGAAUGUCGCGUGAGAGGAACGCCGAGCGUGACGCCGACGUGGUACAGGAACGGCCGACCGUUGGAACGAUCCGCCCGAAUAAAGAGAUACUUUGACGGUGCGACGGCCAAAAUCGAAAUAUCGAAAGUGAAAGCUAGCGACGCGGGUGAAUACACGUGCGUGGCGACCAACGUCCUUGGAUCGACGAGGAAUAGUUGUCAGGUAAACGUGUUACACUCUCACGACUCAUCCACCGCGGACAAGGACGCGCCACAGUUUCUGCAACCGUUGCCAGAAGAGUCGAUUGUGAUGGAGAAUCAUCCUCACGAAUUUCAAACUGGAAUUACAGGUACACCUCCAUUCACGGUCACUUGGUCCAGAGAUGGCCGCGAGUUACCCGACAACGAUUAUUAUAAAUACGUUCUAUACGGAGACGGCGGCGUCGCUCUUCGAUUACCGGAGGUUCGUCCGCAAGAUGCAGGUGAAUACACCUGCGUGGUGCGAAACAAUUUCGGCGUUGCGUCGUGCAGCAAUCUUUUCGCCGUGCAAGGCUACAAAGACGUUGCCAAAUUGUCGCCUCAGUUUACAAAGACUCCGUUGUCGGCUAUUGUCGCCAAGGGUUCCGCAGCUUGUUUCAUUGCUCGAGUGCAAUGCGGAAAAGCCACGGACAUCGUUUGGACGAUCAACGGGAGAGACGCUCGGGAGAAUGCGAAGUGUAAGAUCGAGAGAAACGGCGGCGUCAGUAUCUUGAGAAUACGCGACGUAACGUCACGCGAAACAGGUGAAAUCCGGUGUACUGCCACCGUGAGCGGAAAGGGUCUGUCCAUCGGCUGCGUCGCGAGACUGCGAUUGCGACAUUCAAACGAUCUCGGUAAUCCCGCAAUGGGAUCCGAAAGUGGUCAGUCAUACUCCAAGUUGUUAACGCCCGACAACGGUGAUUUCACGAGCACACCGGGAAGAGUCGCACCAAUGUUAAAACGUCGACAACCAUGCGAGGAGUCCCCAACACGCAUCAGGUCGUCCUCGUUUCCUCGGCGAAGCGCACCAUCGUGCACCAAGCAUGCUUCUCCUUUGGCCACGAGAAGAUGCGCUGUUAACAACAUACCGAUGAACGCCCGAAAAUCACGAUUUGACAGCGAUCUGUCAAUUGCCAAGCACGAUUUCGACAGUAAGACAGCGGUGACAAAACUCUCGAGCGACCGGGGAUCGUCGUUCUCGUCGAACGACGAGGAAGAUGCAACGGACAAUCCUAAGGCGUUACCGCGGAAGGCGUCAACGGAAUCCCACGGUAAGGAAAGUGACGAUAUCGGAAGCUGCAUGAAGAAUCGAGUAGCUGGCCCGCAAACAGAGCCAAAGUCCGACGAAUCCAACGACCGAGAGGAAAUAAUCUGUUGGCAAGAAGAUCAAAGUGAAAAGAAUGCGGAAACGCGCACGAAGAAGCCGAUACGAGCUUCAAUUAUUAAAGAGCCAAGUGACGUCAUCGUAUUUAAAGGAAACAGGGCGGUACUGCAAGUCACUUAUCAAGGACGUCCCGAACCAGCGGUCAAGUGGCUUCGAGUGAAUCGGCAACUGCUGCCGGGCGAGAAGAUCGACAUCGACACCGGGGAUGGUGUGUCCCGCCUGACGUUGGACGACGUCACGUACGACCACGCCGGAAAGUACGAGGUCUCGGUGGAGAACUCAGCGGGCAAGGAACGCAGAUUCUUCAGCUUGGCGGUAGAAGGUCCACCGGAGCCACCCGCGGACAAACCUAGUAUAAACCUGAGCGUUGGUCAAGCCACGAUUGUCUGGCGAUCACCAGCUUACGACGGAGGCCGUACAGUGAUCGGGUAUACCGUGGAGGCGAAACGUGCCGGUGAAAGCACGUGGAUGGUAAUCGCAGAGUCUUGUCAUUCGUUGAGUCAAACGUUGCCAACAACUCAAAGCGAUUUCGUGGUACCAGGCGAAAGUUACUGUUUUCGUGUCCGGGCUGAGAAUAUUCACGGUCUCAGUGAUCCUAGCAUCGAGUCCGAUCCCGUGAGAAUUCCUAGGCGUGGAGAGACGAUGUUGCAAGAGGAGGAAGAAGAAAAUUUCGAACCGAGCUUCGAAGCUCGCAUAGUCGAGCCGGAAGAAAGUCGACUCUUCGACGAGAGAUACGACGUUCACGAGGAACUGGGUAAAGGCCGAUACGGCAUAGUGAAGAAGGUGAUCGAGCGUACGACAGAUAUGUGCUUCGCCGCAAAAUUCGUCAGGACAAUCAAAGCGAAAGAUCGCGAGCAGGUGCGCGAAGAGAUCAGGAUUAUGAACGUGCUGAGGCACCCGAAGCUUCUGCUGCUGGCCGCGGCUUAUGAGAGUCCUCGUGAGACCGUGAUGGUCAUGGAAUAUAUUUCAGGCGGUGAACUGUUCGAGAGAGUAGUGGCCGACGAUUUCACUUUAACCGAGAGGGACAGUAUUCUCUUCAUGAGACAGAUUUGCGAGGGGGUCGAAUAUAUGCACCAAAAUAAGAUCGUGCAUCUGGACUUAAAACCAGAGAACGUGAUGUGUCGCACGCGGACUUCUCACCAGAUCAAGUUGAUCGACUUUGGACUGGCUCAGACACUGAAGCCCGACACGCCAGUUAGAGUGCUUUUCGGUACACCGGAAUUCAUUCCGCCGGAGAUCAUCGGUUACGAGCCCAUCGGCACCGAGUCAGACAUGUGGAGCGUCGGUGUGAUCUGUUACGUUCUAUUGACCGGUUUGUCGCCGUUCAUGGGAGAUAAUGACGCCGAGACUUUCGCCAACAUUACACGCGCGGAUUAUGAUUUAGAAGACGAAGCUUUCGACGCCGUUUCAAACGAUGCCAAGGACUUUAUCAGUGGUCUACUCAUUAAACGGAAGGAAUUACGUAUGUCAGCCACGCAAUGUCUGCAACACCCAUGGAUGGCGCAACGUAAGGCGGCUAUGAGCAGGGUGGUUUUGCCGACAGACAAACUAAAGAAAUUCAUCGUACGGAGAAAGUGGCAGAAAACAGGAAACGCCAUUCGCGCAUUGGGAAGAAUGGCGAUGCUCUCUGCGUACAGCAGACGUAGUCCCACAACGACAGCAGAAUCGUCACCUACGCUUGAAAAACAGUUCGACAGCCUCGAGAUGCAAUGUCCCGACGAUGCGAUUAAGUCGAGCCAUGCUAAAGUCAAUGAAAAUACGGAACACGUCGAGGUACAAGAAGUUAUGCACUCCUCUUUUCUCUCCUGUGUGAUGGGAAGAAAUAUGAAUACACAAGAGAUGUCGAUCGAUAAUACCGAACGCAAGCUCGUCCCCGAAGCUCGUGAGGAAGAGACUGCUCAUACAGAUGACUCAACACAGGCAGUUGAUCAUGAGAAAAACUUCCAGAACGUCAGUUCAGUUAUGAAUGAAGAAUCAUUGAUGAAAAAAAGAAACAGCUCGAGUAAUUCUUUAGAGCGGAUUAAUAUCGAGGAAAAAACGUUCGAAUUGACUCCAAAGCAAAGUAUCCUAGAAGAUAUCCCGGCACAUCCGCAGGUCAUAGAGUCGGAAGAGAGCGAGGAACGCGGCAAAGAGAAAUCCUCCGAAGUAGAACACAUUGUCUCGAGAUCGCAGGCAUUUUAUAGAGUUCUUCGACAGAAUUCCCGAGAUUCCGGAAUAGGUGAUUGUCAAAUGACUUCCCCGUUGCAAGUGGACGAAUUGGGAAUAGUGUCUACCAUCAAGGAAGAAGCGGAUGAGUCUGAAGGCAAACGAAUACCUAGAAGGGAAGAAGCGAUGAAAAAUCGGCGAAGCUCAACGUCGGGAAUCCUGACCACUUUGGCGCGUGGCAAGGAAAGCUCUUUCUACGAUACGGAAAGUAUCUGGAGCGACGACAAGGUAGCUACAAACAGUGGUGUGACUAAAGCUUCGUGUGAAAUUAAUCUCGACCGAAAAGUUGCCGACGAGAAUACGGAUGCAAGGAUAUUAAUCGGACGUACCCGUGACAAGUUCGUGCCAACUGGAAACGUGAGCCGCACGGCCAGGAUAUUCGAGAGGGACAACGCAGCAUCGAAGUCGGAUGAAUCGCAGGUGUCCGCGGCGCAACGUGCAUAUCCCGCUGCAAUAGUCGCCGGGAAGCCGUACAACGAGAGAAUACAGAAGGCCUUCGCGUUCUGGAACAAAUGAAAAUAUUUUAUUGAUGUAUGUUCGUUGAAUACAAUACAGAUCGCACGCAUACACAUAUGAACCCGAAUUAAAGUGUUAUUAUUUGAAAUUUGUCUAGAUUUGAGUUCAAAAUUACGUGAGAGCUGUUCGGUCGAAUCGCGAUUACAAAUAUAAAUGUCAUAUAUAUAAUUCAACUGAAAUAUAUAUAAUUCAACUUGAUUCUGACUUUGAAUAAAAAUCUGAGUAUCUGAGACAAGUUUCAGAUGAUUAUUACUACAGGCCAUAUACACUUAGCUACUGUACGUAAAAACGCAAUAUACAAUAUGUAGUGAAGCAGAGAAGUCGAUAUAACAGCCUCAAAACAUUUCAGAGAUUUGUAACUUUGAUCGAUUCGAUCGAUCGCGCCGCAAAGUCUGCGAAGAAGCCCGACUCAAAUAACAUAUUUAUUGAUAUCGCAAACCCUGCUUGUGUUUAUUUAAACGCUAAUAAUUGUACUCGCAAGCUAAAACGACCACUCCUAUAUCGAAAAUAUGCUCGUGCGCGCCUUGUAUCGUUCGUAUUGGGCUUGGAUUUUAAUUUUGAAACGUUAGAUUUCUCUGCUACAUAUUUAUGUGCAAUCGGCUUGAUUUUUUUUUAUUUGGUGAGGUACACUUUAUGGCACGAAAAUGCGGAAAUUUUAAACUGAGAGAUGUCCAUGUAUAUAGUUGAAUACGUGAUGUUUCGCAAGCGAAUGACGGUAUUAUAUCUAGUAUUAUAUUUGGCUGAAUACAUAAGUGUACUUUGAAUUAUUCAUGCAAGUUGCCACACCCUCGCGCAGUUACAUAUUGUUGUCAAGUUGAGACGGGCAAACAACAUCUGUAUUAUUACUAUAAGUUAUUUACAUAGGAAAAUAAAGAAUAUAUCUACAUU